GCGGCCGCCGCGCCGACCGCCGGGGACGCUCGGGCUCCGCUCGCCGGCGCAUCGGGGGAAGGGAGCGAGAAGCGUGCACGGCGCCGGCGAUGGAGAGGGAGAGGGACGUCGUGGUCUCUGAGGAAGCGGCGGCGGCCGCCGCCUCCUCCUCCUCGUUCGCGGAAACCAGGGUCAUCUGCCGCGUGUGCCAGAAGCAGUUCGCGCAGUACACUUGCCCCCGCUGCAACGCUCGCUACUGCUCGCUUCCGUGCUACAAGGGGCACAGUGUUCAGUGCACUGAAUCCUUCAUGCGUGAGAAUGUUAUGGAUGAGCUUAAGCAAAUGCAACCUGAAGAUGAAUCAAAGAAGAAGAUGAUGGACAUACUCAAAAGGUUCCACUUGGAAGAAGAAGAAAUGGAGUCAGAAGGUGAAGAUGAUUCAAUUCUGUCAGAGGAACUUAUUCAAAAAGUUAUGUCUGGAGAUGAGAUCAAGCUUGAAGACCUCUCUGAUGAUGAGAUCAGAAGAUUUCGUCAAGCUCUAGCUUCAGGUGAACUCAGCAAGAUGAUCGAGCCAUGGACACCAUGGUGGAGAGAUCCUUCUGCUAGAUCGAUAUCCCUCAGCCCAGAUGGAAGCCAGCUUAUCAGACAUGUGAGUGUGGAAGACACUGCUAUGUCAGAUCCAACGGCUGACCCAGAGCCUAGCAUCAGUGAAAUCCCAGAAGGUCCAGAAUCUCCUCUCCCAUCACUCAAACAGCUGACCAGAUCGGAACCAUCUCCGCUGCUUGCUGUUCACUUGAUUGAUAUAUUGUACAGUUACUGCUUCACCCUUCGCCUGUACAAUGGCGAUUGGAGCUCUGACCCUUUUGGUGCCUCUACGGUCGCAUUGUCUGUGUCAAAAGUCAUGGGGGAGGAUGCUAAACCUGAAACAGUAUCUGAAGCACUCACGGCAUGCAUAGAGGAGACAUGCUCACCAGCUUACAGGCAUACCGGAGGUUUCAGGUUUGCUACUGGUCUCGUGGACGAUGUCCUCAGCCUUCUCUCCUUAGGAGGCAAUGCGCUUGUUUGCGCACUCUGCGACUUCCGCAGGCUCAUUCACACUGGUGAGAGGAUGCUCAAGGCAGAGAAAUUGGGCAAGACGGAGAGAGCUCGCAGCACCCAAAGGCUUCGUGGUGCUGAUAGGAAGUUGUACUUCAUGACAUGCUGGGUCCAUGAGCAACCAAAGGAGGCAUGGCCAUCUUUAGCUCGCCUUGUUGAGGUGCAGAAAGCAUCUUUAGAGGAGUUGAACAGCAGCAGCAAAUUGCAAACGGCUAGUAGAAAGAAGGACGCACAAUCCAAGGUUCUUAUUGAGGAGGUUUGAGCGUAUUAAUGUAUUGCUGGAAGUGACACAUGAUCUUCAUACCCUAUCAGCUGCACCCUAUAAUCUUUGUUGUAAAGAACUUUGGAUGUACUGUAAUUUCCUACGAGUUUCUAAUGAGUAUUCUGAUCUCUUAAAGAAAAUCUGUAUGCAAUUCUGAAAUCCUCGAUUCCUCAUGUGAAAUCCAAAUGGUUAAAUCAUCUUUGUGCCUAUUUUA